AUCAAGUAAUUGAAUUGGUAUGUCGUCAUGACUUUGAAUUGGUGAGAGCGCUUCCAUAUCAACGAAACAUGCCGGAAAAAAGUUUGCUAAAAUCAAAGCAAUGAUAAGAACACAUUUACAAAUCUGAUUUGUGGAAAAAAUGCAAGAAAAAAAUUCACUGGAUUUUUAAACUAUGGAGAAUAAAAAAAAUAAAGCUAACCAAAGAGAAGCACUAUUCUUUAAAGAUGGCGAUCCUAAUUUUACAGGUGUUGCUGUUUCUGUAAAUCAACGAAAAUAUCAAAGCAUUGAAAAGCUUUUAGAGGAGUUAAAUGAAAAGGUUCAUCUUCCAAAUGGUGUGCGAAAUAUUAUGACACCAAAUGGAAACCAUCAGGUUAAGUGGCUUCAUGAAAUUGAUGAUGGUAAAAAAUAUGUUUGCUCUUCUUCAAGCAAGAUUAAAAAAAUAGAUUACAGCAAUAUUCAAAAGAAACCCCGUUUUAGAAUACCUCGUCCUCCUUCAUCUCGUGUUUAUGAACCUUUUAGGAAAAAAAAUCCUCCACUAUUUUCAGAGCGACGCCAAUUUAAAAGUUUAACAAUAAUAUCUAAAAAUGACAGCAACAAUUGCGCAAACAUUAUCCUUACAAAUAGAGUAAAAAAUAUUGACACUUUGUUUGAAGAAAUAGGAGAAAAAUUAGGAGGAAAAGUGAUAGCUCUUACAACAGUUGAAGGAAAACUAAUUUCAUUGUUAUCAGAACUUUUUAAAAAUGGUGAUUGCUUUUAUGCUGAAAUCGGUGAUGUUUCCCAUGAAAAACCCAGCAGUGUACCAGUGUCAUUUUAUAAAAAUCAUAAUUUGAAGCUAAAUGGAAGCAGUCCCAAGCCAAUGACUUCUUCAUCUGCAAAACUAGACAGACAAUUAGGAAGUUCCAAUGUUACUAAAAAAAAUAAAAUUUCUCCUCGAAAAAAGGACACCUCAUGGUUGUUGACAAUUAAAACAAGUGAUAUUGACGAUGCUACAAGCGAUAACUUUGCAUAUAUUGUAUUAUAUGGUAAACAUGGAAAGACUAAUGAAUACUCUUUAGGUGUACCAGAGCAUGCUAAAGGAUACUAUCGUGAUUCAAUUAGUGAAGUUGAGAUAAAGACAGCUGAUAUUGGUGACCUUUACAAGAUUCGAAUUGGUCAUGAUGAUAAUGGCGUUGCUCAUGGAUGGCAUGUUGAUACAAUUUUGCUGACAAAUCUUGACACAAUGAAAGAAUAUCUUUUCAAAUGUAAUCGAUGGUUUUCACGCGAAAAAGAUGAUGGCGAAAUAAUGCGAGAAAUACCACUCUAUAAAAAUGGAAAACCUGUUCUUCCAUUGAUUGAGUAUGAAGUCAUUGUGUACACUGGUUCUUAUGAUGAUAGCAACACAAACUUUGAUAUUUUUGUUGUAAUUGAAGGAGAAAAGGGGGAUACUGGAAAGCGAUACUUAGAGGCAUCAUUAAGCAAUGCUUUUCGCAGCAAAUCGAUUGAUACAUUUUCAAUGGAAGCUGUUUACCUUGGACAGAUAAAAGAUGUUGUAAUAACAGCUGAAGCUGUUGCAGUUGAUGAAGAGUUGGCAUGGUUUGCAGAAAAAGUGAUUGUGCGAGAUACAGUAUCUGGUAUAGAAUAUAGCUUCCCUUUAACAAGUGAUGAAAAAGCAAAGGCUGAAAGCUUUUUAAACAACAGUAUUGCUCCAACUCAACCAAAAGAGAAACAACAAAAACAAACUAACUACAAGUUACAACAAGAACAACCAAAUUACAGUUUUUCUCCAAGUCUACCUUCAAACGAUGAAAAAUGUUCAGAUGUGUUUUCUAAAAACAGUAAUACUAGUUCUCCACAAUUGACUUCAAAUUCAAUUGAAGAAGAGAGACCUUUUCAGUCCAAUUAUCCAGUUUCUUCCUCUCCAGUGUCUUCUACAGUAACAAAUAAACCUGACUCUGAGGAGACAUUUGAUCAGUCAGAAAGUAGUUUUUACUCGAACUCAAGUGAUGCAAUACUACGUGAAAAUAGACAUGAAAUUGCUGACGAUGAACUUCCGGAUGAGAGUAGCAUGAAUGAAGGUAUUCAGGUUGUUGCAUUUUCCAAAGUUACUGGUCGAGCCCUUUGUUUUAAUUCUGCAUCCCAAAAGGUGCAUGCUUUUGGUCAAGAAAACUUUUGUUGUAUUUGGACUGUGCUGGAUGGGAAUACUGAAGAAAGUGUUCUUUUGUACUCAUUGCAAGGGGAUGGUUAUUUAGCAGUUGACCAAAGUGGAGUUGUACUCACUAAAGGAGGCCCUGGAGCAAUAAACGAGUUUUAUGUAAUAAUCAGUGAGAGUUCAGAAGCCAAAGAGGUAUCACUAGAAAGUGUUAUCCAUUCAGGUAUCUUUCUCUGUUCUGAUAACUACGGCUACGUGUUUGGGUCUGAAGGACAAAGUGAAGCAACUAAAUUUUUGUUAACUCAUAAGGCUUAUGAUGUCAAUCAAUAUAGCAUUGAAGAGUCUGGAUGUCCCCAUUUUAUUAUGCCAGUUUUGUCACAAGCUCAAAAUGAUGUUGUCAAAAAAAUCAAAACUCAAGAAGUAGAUUCGGAAAUUAUCAAAAUAGAUAUAGAGAAUAAAGAAAAAAAGAAAAGAAAAAAAGAUAAAAAAAACAACGAGGUUACAAGUCCAAUACUACUAGAAGAGGUAAAUAAAGUAGAAGAAAAAAUACAGGAAGAAAUAAUUGAAGUGAAAAUGGGACAAAAUGUGGAAAGUCAUAAACAUUCAAAAGAUAAAACAAAAAAUAAGAAAAUAAACAAAACAACACAAAUAAAUAGAGAAGCAAAAAAGGAAGACAAAGAAAAUGAAAGUCCAACCAUAGAAACAGAAGUAAAGAAUGAAAAAAAAAAAGAAAUGCAAGAAAAUGAGGUGAGGCAUUUAGGAGAAGUAGCAGAAAUAAUAGAGGAAAAAAAAAAUGAAACAUCUAAUAAUCUGGCGACAAACAAAACUAAAAAAAAGUACCGUUUUAAAAAGAAAAAGAAGUCAUUAAAAGUUAAUGUCGAAAUUGAAAAUAAAGUUCAUGAAAUGCAGAACUAUCAAUUUGAUUCGAAAAAAGAUGAUAACAAUGAAGAAUAUUGUAACAUGCCAUCAAAUACUUUUUCUGGUAAUGAAUCCGAUGUUAUUGAAAUGAGGCUGGACACAGAGGAUACUUUAUCAUCUUCUAAUAAUGUAAACUUGAGUGAUGAAGAUCUUAAGCAAGAAAAAAGUUUGGAUAACAAUUUAAUGUUAAAUGAUGAAGAAGAAAACAAAGAAGAAGAAUAUUUUGUAGUUUUAAGAGCAGAAAGUGCGUGUAAAAUGCUCAUUGAAUCUGAAGAAAAUCAAAUUAUAUCAGAUAGAAGUUUAAGAUCUGAGAAAAUAAAUAAUUUAAAUAUUCAGGAUCUUCCCAAUGAAUCAAAUGCAUACUCCAAAAUGUAUAUUAACAAAGAGCGUUCACAUUCUUUUGAUGAAGGAAAUUCCUUUGAUGAAGGAUCUAUUUAUAAAAAUAGUACUGCCGAAGAUGACUAUGCUAGUGAUAAUUUUGAGGGUGAUGAUGAGUCGGAUGAUUGUUUUAAAUGGGAAGAAGAUGGUAAAAGUCAUCGCUUUGACACAACUCAAAUCUCACAGUCUCGGCCUCAUUCUAUGACACAAAAUCAUACAUUAGAUCGACCUAUAAUUACACGAACAAAUUCAUUACCAAACAAAUACACUCCACUGCUCCCAAUUAAACCAAAUGAUUUUUUACAGCAAAAUGAAUCAGUUGUUGAGAAUCAAUCUGCUUCAUCAGAAAAACCUGUGUCUUCCAUUUUUUGUGAAACAGAUUUUUUAAACAAAGAGGUUCCAACAAAUGUUUAUAUCAAUGCUGGUGAUUGUGAAGUUGAUGCGUCUAUGCAAAAUUUUUCGAGUAGAUCUGAAAAAAGUCAAUCACAUACAGAAAUUGAAGGAUUACUAAUAACAUCCAGUGCUAAUACUAAAAAUUGGAACUAUGCUGAUGACGAAAGCUUGAAUAAUCCUGAAAAACUGCAUCAUAAUGAAUCUCCUCUAGAAAACAAUCAUUUAUUGUCUUCUACGCUAGUGGAAGACCAGAUUCCUGCAUCACCACCUGCAUCACCUUCAAGACCGGAUUCUUGCAUCACCAUGAAUGUUACUUCAAGUCCAUUGCCCGAUGAAUAUUCAUUCAAUCUAUUUGAUUAAAAAUACCAGUUAAUAAUGAAAAACAUAAAAUUAUACUGACAUAAAAUAUAUAAAGUCUAGAUAUAAGUAAAAAAUAGGCAUAAAAUAAUGGAUUAAAUUAGUUUUUGUUCUAAGAGUUCUUUUGAGUUAUUGCGGCAUAACUUAAACUCUAUAAAAACUUCAAAAAAGUAUUUCCAGUGUUUGAGUAACCAUAUUUUAUAAAAACUUUGAGGAAAUAGGACUUAAACAUUUUUUGUUAUAUAAACAAAGCUAAAAACUUAGAAGCGCAGAAAAUUUUUGUUUGAAAUCUCAACUUUAACUUAGACGAAUAAAGUAAAAUAAAUGUUAAAUAAAUAAUUUAAGAUCAGCGACUGAAAACUGUAAAUAAGUUUUUGUAAAAUUUUUAUUGAAAUAAUUGAUGUGUUCAAA